GCUGAUGGCGUCCGCGGGCGACAUACCGGCAGCAACAGCAGCAGCCACGGCCUCCUCGACGCGCCUCUGUGCCUCCUCAACAGAAAAAACGGCUACCUGAACACCAAGACACACACCAAUCAGCCAGAGAAAGAAGGUGACACGUGUGCACACGUCGUGUGGUCUGAUCUGCCCCUCCCCUGUCAGUGUCAUGUGCCCCCGCUCACAUUAUGCAUUCCAUGAAUGGCUUUGUCCAGCAGGUCGAUGGUGCCCAGCACCCUCGCCAGCUGCCUCUCCUCCUCAUCCAGCCCCAGCUUCUCCCGCAUGAUCUUGUCGAUCUUCGUGCCGAGCGCCAUCUCUAUUCCCGCCAUGGUGCCCACCUCCUUGCCGUCGAUGUGGGUCACGUUCCUGGCCGACAGCAGGGGCAGCACUGAGGCGGCACCAGGCGGGAAGGCGAGCACACGAAGACAGACGAAGCCGCCGCCCUGUGGCUGAUUGCUGGUGGGGGGGUCGAUGGCAUCGACGACGGCCAGCUGUCCGCCAGCGGCAUGGCCCCCUUGUCGCCCCUCGCUGGAGGUCAAGUACAGGCAGUAUGCGGGCCCUCCCUUGCGGAAGAGACCCUGCACACGCCCGUACUCGCCCCCGAUCGCCUCCUUGACGACCGGCCAAAGGAUGGGGGGGAUUAUCCCCUUGCCGUGGGCGGCCGAUGGGUCGGCAUCAGGGAGCUGGUCGGCGGGGCGUCUGGUGCGGGUGGCAUGGUGGUGGGAGAGUAGGUAGUGCAGGGCCGGCUCGGUGCGCUGUCUGGUUGUGGCGGUGGUCUUGCGGACGCACAAGAGGCUGCGGCUGCCUUCGUGGAUGUGUGCAAACGAGAUGGAGUCGCGCUGGUGUAGGCAGUCCGCCGCCUCGCCGCUGUGCACCAUUGCGUAGUGGGGGGCGGGAGAGGGAGAGAGUGGUGCUGAAGGUGCAGCGGCUGGUGUGGGCUGGGCGGCUUCGUUAAUCACAUCAGCAAUCGACAAUCUGAGGAGGAAGGGAAACAACAAACGCACAGACAGAACAGAUGAGAUGCAUCGUGGGGUCAACGUGUCACUCUCUGCGUGUGGCCUUACCCGCUAGACAUAUCCUGGUCACAGUCGGGCGCAGAUACGCCCUCCUCAUGCAGACUAUCAUGUGGUGCCUCCUCGGCUGGCCGGGGGACACUCUCGUCAACAGCAACAGCUACGUCAGCAUCCUCCUUCUCCUUCUCCUCCUUGUCCUCCUCUGUCGUCGUGGCCUGCCCGUGGUGGUCCUCCUCUCUAGUGGGCGGCAUGGCUGGAGCAGCCUCGUGGUGGUGGCUGGUGGGCUGCUGGCUGAUAAAUCAUGCACAUGCACAUGAACCCCUCCCUCUCCCGGCUGAAGACCGCCGUUAAGCGGCCCAGCAACGAUUACAGCAGGCCCCGGUCCGCAGCGGUAAAUAGGUGGCCGUGGCCAUGGUGCGGCGGACAUCGUGCGGGGAGCCUGCUGGUGCUGCGGUCCCAUCAGUGGUGGGGUGGCCGUGGCCGUGUAGAUGGGCCGCAGCGGGGCCGGGCGCGGAACCGCAGCCACAAACCCCAUAUGGUGGGGGUGGGGAAGGGGAUGGGGAUGGGGGUGGGAUGCAGCAGGAGGGCCGUCGCGCUGCUGCAGAGCCCGGGGGUGUGCAACGUUCCCCCAGGGAGGUGUGGUCGGCGAGGUGCCUGUCAGCUGGUCGUCUGGUCGGCGAGGUGCCUGUCAGCUGGUCGUCGGCCGAGGGAUCGCUCGGCCGCUGAGCCUCUUGGCUCUCUGGUCCGCUGACGAGGCAGCACCCGCACUGCCGCAGCGAGUCGCCGAUCUUCGCGACUUGCUCUCGGAUCCAUUGGUCCAUAGCGCGGGCGGCGUUGACCACAGCCUCACAGGGGGCGCACAUCUCAGUUUGCUGGCCCUCAGGGGCGUCGGGCGCGGUGGCGGGGACGGGAUAGUAGUGCCGCGACAGCCCCUCGUCGUAGCCAUAGGACGCCGGCGUGUUGAUGAGCGGGAAUGCCGGCCGUCCAGGCGGAUAGUAAUAAUGUUGAACGUGAGGAUGACGGGGCAUCUGUGCUGGAUGCCAGGCGACGUAAGGCGGCGCCAUUUUU